AAAAAAAAAAAAAAUGAUACUUGCAGAAAAGACAGCCAACAUGUAUACAGCUCCUCUGAGAGGAAACAAGCGACUUGUUGUGCUUAUAUUGGCUAUUCUGUCGUUUAUCGUCCUCUCAUUUUUUACAUUUUCAAGUUCCUCUUCAUUCAGUCUAAAUGGUUCCUGUGGUGCAAGUGGCCGAACUAUCCGUACAUUAAGUGAAGCUGUUGCUUUCAGCAGCACUAGUUCCAACAGCAACAAUAGAGGCGGUCAAGCCAAAUUCAUUAACCUGAAUGAUUUAGAAGCCACAGCCAACGCAAAAGAACAACAAGAACAUGUCUUAAUUCUGACUCCUUUGAAAAAUGCAGAAGUUUAUUUACCUAGAUACUUUGAACUUAUUGACCGGUUGUCCUAUCCCAAGGAUUUAAUCACAGUCGCAUUCCUUGUGUCUGAUACCACCGAUAAAACUGUGUCCAUUCUAAAGCAAAAGGCAGACGAAUUCUUAAACCGCCAAGACCCCUCUCAACGUUACCAUGAAAUUGCCAUUUAUGAAAAGGAUUUUAACUUCCAACUGCCCGAGGAUAAGAGACAUACUUUUGAAUUGCAGCCUUUGCGUAGAUCGUUUAUGGCUCGUUCUCGUAAUUAUUUGUUGACUGCUGCUCUUCGUGAAUAUCAUUCCUGGGUACUUUGGUUGGAUGUGGAUGUGAUUGAAUAUCCUAAUACUAUUCUUGAAGACCUUCAAAGUGUGGAUGUUGAUGUGGUUGUACCCAACUGUUUAUUGGACACAGAGGAUGGUUCUUUCUGGGCUUACGAUAAAAAUAACUGGCAAGAAACUGAUAAAUCGAUUGAAAUGCAAAAAGAUCUUGACCCUGAUUAUGUCUUGCUUGAAGGUUACUAUGAAUUCUUAACCAACCGUUAUCUCAUGGUAGAUAUGCCUACACAUCUUGGUAAAUUCAAUAAGGUGCCCUUAGAUGGUGUUGGUGCUACCUUUACUCUUGUAAAAGCUCAAGUUCAUAGAGAAGGUGCCAACUUUCCUCCCUACGUAUUCCAACACCAAGUAGAGACUGAAGGCUUUGCUAAAAUGGCUAAGGCUAUGGGAUUCGGUGUCUAUGGUUUACCUGGUUAUCUCAUUUACCAUAUUCGUAACUCAUAAUUAUUGUACUUAUUUCUCUUAAUUUACACCUUAAUAAUAAUAAUAAUACUAGUAAUCAUGCUUUUAAUACAAAAUCCUAUAGAUCCGUUUCACAAAAAAAAAAAACUCAUAGAGAGGAGAGGGGAGGAGGGUAAACACAGUGC